AUGUACGGUUCCGGCCAGCAGACGGGCAUCUCGACGCCCCGCUCAGCAGCCAACCUCCGCCCCCUCAUCCUCACCCAUGGCUCGCUCGAAUACACGCUCCUUAUCCCCACCGCGCUCCACUUCCACGCCCAGCAACUGCGGGACACCUUCAAGACAACCUUGCCCGAGCCCACAGACGAGCUUGCACUCGAUGACGAGCCCUCGUCAGUAGCAGAACUGGUCGCGCGAUACCUUGGCUUCGUGGCAAAGGAAGUGGACGAGGGCGAUGACCCGGACUCGUUCGAGGAGGUGCUGAAGCUCGUCCUCACCGAGUUUGAGCGCGCUUUCCUGCGCGGCAACGAGGUGCACGCUCUGGCUGCCUCUCUGCCCGGCAUCACGGAGAAGAAGCUGGUCACGGUUCGGUCAUACUACGCUGCCCGUGCGGCGGUAGAGAGGCCCAUCAAGCACCAUGAAUCAGCCCUCUUCCGCGAGGCGGCCGACGAGAAUGCCCACAUAUACGCUGUUCUGGGUGGUCAGGGCAACAUCGAGGAGUACUUUGAUGAACUUCGCGAGAUCUACAACACCUACCCCUCUUUUGUCGAGGACUUCAUUGCGGCCGAAGCACAGCACCUGUUGGUUCUGUCGCGAGACCCGCGCGCGGAGAAGCUAUACUCAAAGGGCCUGGACGUCAUGCGAUGGCUCAAUAACCGCGAAUCGCAGCCAGACACCGACUACCUGGUUUCGGCACCCGUCAGUCUGCCCUUGAUUGGGUUGACACAGCUUGCGCAUUAUGUCGUAACCUGCAGAGUGCUGGGAAGCCACCCCGGACAUGUACGCGCCCGCUUCUCUGGUGUCACCGGUCACUCGCAAGGUGUCAUCACAGCUACUGCCAUUGCCGAAGCAAAGAAUUGGGAGACGUUUGAACGGUCUGCCAAGAAGGCCUUGGAAAUUCUCUUCUGGAUUGGUACCCGCAGUCAGCAAGCAUUCCCACGCACAUCACUUGCACCAUCUGCGCUGCAAGACUCUGUCGACAAUGGUGAGGGUACGCCAACACCUAUGCUGUCGAUCCGCGACCUUUCGAGGAAAGCGGUUCAAGACCACAUUGACGCAACCAACGCCCAUCUGCCGCAAGACCGACACAUUGCCAUUUCUCUGGUCAACAGCGCCCGCAACUUUGUCGUUACUGGCCCUCCCAUCUCGCUAUAUGGUCUGAACCUCCGUCUGCGGAAAGACAAGGCUCCAACUGGCUUGGAUCAGACAAGGAUACCCUUCACUGAGCGCAAAGUGCGCUUCGUCAACCGCUUUCUGCCCAUCACUGCGCCAUUCCACAGCCCCUACCUGGCCGAGGCGACAAAGCAGCUCGAGGAUGAUCUCAAGGGAAUCAAAAUCGCCGCGAGCGAUCUUGGCAUCCCAAUGUACGACACACAUACGGGCCAGGACAUCCGCGAGGAUGGCUCCGACAACGUUGUGCCUAGGCUGAUUAGCAUGAUCACAGCCGACUCUGUGGAGUGGGAGAAGGCCACAGUGUUCCCCAACGCUACUCAUAUCCUUGACUUUGGUCCUGGUGGCAUCUCUGGCCUCGGCGUCCUAACCAACCGUAAUAAGGAUGGAACUGGUGUCCGUGUCAUCCUGGCUGGAGCCAUCGAUGGCCAAAACGCUGAGGUCGGCUACAAGCCUGAAAUCUUUGACCGCGACUCCGAGCACGCGGUCAAAUACGCCGUCGACUGGGUCAAGGAACAUGGUCCUCGCCUCGUCAAGACCUCGACCGGCCAGACCUACGUCGACACCAAGAUGAGCAGAAUGAUCGGUCUGCCUCCUGUCAUGGUUGCUGGUAUGACGCCCUGCACCGUUCCUUGGGACUUUGUUGCUGCCACGAUGAACGCUGGUUACGAGAUUGAACUUGCUGGCGGCGGUUACUACGACGAAAAGUCCAUGACUGCUGCCAUCAACCAGGUCGAGAAGGCGAUUCCCGCUGGUCGUGGUAUCACGAUCAACUUGAUCUACGUCAAUCCCCGCGCCAUGGGCUGGCAGAUUCCACUUUUGGCCAAGCUCAGGUCCGAGGGUGUUCCUAUCGAAGGUCUCACCAUCGGUGCCGGUGUUCCGUCCAUUGAAGUUGCCAACGAGUACAUUGAGACUCUGGGCAUUAAGCACAUCGCGUUCAAGCCUGGUUCGGUCGAGGCCAUCCAGCAGACUAUCAAUAUCGCAAAGGCGAACCCGACCUUCCCAGUACUGAUGCAGUGGACUGGAGGUCGUGGUGGCGGUCAUCAUUCAUUCGAAGACUUCCAUCAGCCUAUUCUGCAGAUGUACGGCCGUCUCCGUAAGUGCGACAACUUGAUCCUCGUGGCAGGGUCCGGCUUCGGCGGGGCAGAAGACACUUACCCCUACCUUUCCGGUUCCUGGUCGACCAAGUUUGGCUACCCGCCCAUGCCGUACGACGGUUGCUUGUUCGGUAGUCGCGUGAUGACUGCCAAGGAGGCGCACACCUCCAAGAUGGCGAAGCAGGCCAUCGUCGAUGCGCCUGGUCUAGAUGACGGCGACUGGGAGAAGACGUACAAGGGCCCGGCUGGUGGUGUCAUCACCGUGCGCUCUGAAAUGGGUGAGCCUAUCCACAAGCUAGCUACUCGAGGUGUCAUCUUCUGGCAUGAGAUGGACCAGAAGAUCUUCAGCUUGGACAAGGCGAAACGCGUACCUGAGCUGAAGAAGAUGCGCGAGUACAUCAUCGAGAAGCUGAACAAGGACUUCCAGAAGGUCUGGUUUGGAAAGAACAAGAAGGGAGAGUCUGUCGACCUUGAAGACAUGACGUACACCGAAGUCGUCCAACGCAUGGUUGAUCUGAUGUAUGUGAAGCACCAGUCGCGCUGGAUCGACCAGAGCUUGAAGCGAUUGACCGGAGAUUUCAUUCGACGACUUGAGGAGCGCUUCAGCAGGUCCAGCAGCGAGUCGCUUAUUCAGAACUAUGAGGAGCUGACCGACCCCUUCCCGAUGCUUGAAAAGGUCUUCAAGGCGUACCCCGAAGCAGAUGAGCAGUUGAUCAACGCUCAGGAUGUGCAGCACUUCCUAUUGCUCUGCCAACGCCGUGGACAAAAGCCCGUACCUUUCGUCCCCGUCCUCGACGAAACCUUCGAGUUCUUCUUCAAGAAGGAUUCGCUCUGGCAAUCGGAAGACCUUGAUGCUGUUGUCGACCAGGACGUUGGCAGAACUUGCAUUCUGCAAGGACCCAUGGCCGUCAAGUACUCCAACAAGGUCGACGAGCCAAUCAAAGAGAUUCUGGAUGGCGUCCAUGAAGGCCACAUCAAGUAUCUUCUGCGCGAUGUCUACGGUGACGACGAGUCUAAAGUUCCGGUCAUUGAGUACUUUGGCAGCAACCUUUUGACAACACCCAAGGGACUGGAGGUUGAUGGCCUCACCGUUUCGCACCUUGAGAACAAGGUUGUCUACCGUCUCUCCGCUGCACCGAACGCUACGAUGCCCGAGGUUCACUCGUGGCUUCAACUCCUUGCCGGUACCAGUUACUCGUGGAGACAUGCCUUCUUCACUGCGGACAUCUUCGUGCAAGGCCAGCGCUUCCAGACCAACCCGACUUCCCGGAUCUUUGCUCCUACUCCUGGCAUGAUUGUCGAGAUCUUCAGCCCCAAUGAGCCUGCUAAGACUUCCAUCACUGUCAAGGAACUACACCACAAUAGCAAACUCGUCAAGACUGUCGACGUCAGCCUCACAAAAGACAACGAGAUCUUGCUCAAUAUGUUUGAGGAGCGUACUGCACUCAAGCAGCCCGUUGCCUUACCGCUCCGCUUUACCUAUCGUCCAGACGUGGGUUACGCACCCAUCCACGAAGUCAUGGACGCCCGCAACGACCGGAUCAAGGAAUUCUACUACAAGAUCUGGUUCGGUGAUGAGGCUUGCCCCUUUGAUGCUCCAGUCGAUUCCCGUUUCAGUGGUGGUCGUGCUACCGUCACAAGCGAAGCUAUCAACGAUUUUGUUCAUGCGGUCGGAAACACGGGCGAGGCCUUUGUUGACCGACCUGGCAAAGAGGUGUUUGCUCCCAUGGACUUCGCCAUUGUUGUCGGCUGGAAAGCCAUCACUAAGCCCAUCUUUCCUCGAGCUAUUGACUGUGAUCUGCUCAAGCUGGUACACAUGUCUAAUGGCUUCCGCAUGAUGGCCGGCGCGGAGCCGUUGAAGAAGGGUGAUGUUCUUGAUACUUCAGCUCAGAUCAAUGCAGUCAUCAAUCAGGAAUCUGGUAAGCUGGUUGAGGUAUGUGGAACCAUCACUCGCAACUACGAGCCCGUGAUGCAGGUCACUAGCCAGUUCUUGUACCGUGGCGCAUACGACGACUUCGAGAACACAUUCCAGCGGAAAAGUGAGAAGCCCAUUCAGCUGCACUUGGCUACCAGCAAGGAUAUCGCCAUCCUUCGAUCAAAGGAAUGGUUCAACUUCGAAGAGCCGGAUAUCGACCUUUUGAACAAGACGCUGCUGUUUAAGCUUGAGAGUGUUAUGUACUACAAGAACAAGACAGUCUUCUCUCACAUCACGACCGUCGGAGAGGUCUUGCUCGAGCUUCCGACCAAGGAGGUAAUCCAAAUUGCUUUUGUUGAGUACCGAUCCGGUGACGCCUAUGGCAACCCGGUGCUUGACUACUUGGAGCGCAACGGAUCCGCCGUGGACCAGCCAGUUCACUUCGAAAACCCUAUCCCCCUACACGGCAAAACACCGCUCAGCCUCAAGGCUCCUGCUUCCAACGAGAACUAUGCUCGCGUCUCCGGCGACUACAAUCCUAUUCACGUUUCGCGUGUCUUCGCCAGCUACGCCAACUUGCCAGGUACCAUCACUCACGGCAUGUACUCGAGCGCUGCUGUUCGAAGUUUGGUCGAGACGUGGGCUGCUGAGAACAACGUCGGCCGUGUCAUAAGCUAUCAUGUCAAUCUUGUUGGCAUGGUGCUUCCUGAUGAUAUGCUCGACGUCAAGCUUCAGCACGUCGGUAUGGUCUCUGGUCGCAAGAUCAUCAAGAUUGAGGUCAGCAAUCAGGAGACGGAAGACAAGGUUCUGCUUGGUGAAGCCGAGGUGGAACAACCGACGACGUCGUACGUCUUCACGGGUCAAGGUUCGCAAGAGCAGGGUAUGGGUAUGGAGUUGUACAACAGCAGUGAAGUGGCUAAAGAGGUCUGGGAUCGUGCGGACAAGCACUUCAUGGACAACUAUGGUUUCGCCAUCACCAACAUUGUGAAGAACAACCCCAAGGAGCUCACAAUCCACUUUGGUGGUCCCGUCGGAAAGGCCAUCCGCCAGAACUACAUGUCCAUGACCUUUGAGACUGUCAGUGCUGAUGGAUCCAUCAAGUCGGAGAAGAUUUUCAAGGAAAUCGAUGAGAACACCACAUCCUACACCUACCGAUCACCGACUGGCCUGCUGUCAGCGACUCAAUUCACACAGCCUGCUCUUACGCUCAUGGAGAAGGCUUCCUUCGAAGACAUGCGUGCCAAGGGACUUGUCCAGCGCGACAGCACAUUCGCCGGCCACUCGCUAGGAGAGUACUCUGCCCUUGCUGCGCUUGCUGAGGUCAUGCCUAUUGAGAGCUUGGUGUCCGUCGUGUUCUAUCGUGGUCUGACUAUGCAGGUCGCAGUCGAGCGUGACGAAGCUGGCCGCUCUAACUACUCCAUGUGCGCUGUCAACCCCAGCAGGAUUUCCAAGACCUUCAACGAGCAGGCGCUGCAGUACGUUGUUGAGAAUAUCGCAGAAACAACCGGCUGGCUCUUGGAAAUUGUCAACUACAACAUCGCCAACAUGCAGUACGUCGCGGCCGGUGACCUCCGGGCGCUCGAUUGCCUCACCAACGUCACCAACUACCUCAAGCAACAAAAGAUCGACAUCCAGGCUCUCAUGCAGAGCAUGUCUCUUGAGGACGUCAAGGCCCACCUUGUUGAGAUCAUCAAGGGCUGCGCCGAGCAGACAGAGGCCAAGCCCAAGCCGCUCGACCUGCAGCGUGGCUUCGCGACCAUUCCGCUCAAGGGUAUCGAUGUGCCGUUCCACAGCACCUUCCUGCGCUCUGGUGUCAAGCCAUUCCGAAGCUUCUUGCUCAAGAAGAUCCACAAGACGUCUAUUGACCCGUCUAAGCUGGUCGGAAAAUACAUUCCCAACGUUACUGCGAAGCCUUUCGCAUUGACGAAGGAGUACUUUGAGGAUGUGUACAAGCUCACCAACUCGCCCAAGAUCGGCAACAUUUUGGCCAACUGGGAGAAGUAUGAGGAGAGCGGGGAAGACACAGAUGUUGCGGCAUGA